AUGAACAUGAUGGCGCGAAACCCGCCCUACCAUCACCAUCCUCCCCCGCCGCCUCCGCCUCACGCCUACCACCACCAGCAGAUCCGUGGUCCGCCGCCUAGUCGUGGCGACGACCACGACGGCGAUGGCUCCGUAUGCGAGUAUUUCGACACUACCAAGGGAAAGAAGAUCAACCGCAACUAUGUCAUCAAGCUUCAGGAGAAGGUGCGCGCCCUCGAGGCGGAACUACGCCAGUACACCGACGAAGACGACGAGUUCUCCCACAUCGACGAGGACAUGGUGCGCCCUGGUGGUUUGGUGAAGCUGAACGAUACCGAUGAAACGCCUCGAUACCUGGGCCCAAGCAGUGGCAUUGCCAUGACCCGAUUGCUUGUCCAGGGCGCGAAGCUCUUCACUGAUUCAAAGAGAAUAUCCGAGUUGAUCCCAGAAGUACGCGCGAGAAGAAUGACGCGCAUGCAGUCAAUCGUCAUGACAAGGGACCGCAAGAAGAGCUAUCCAAUGGUCAGCGCGCACCCAGCUGCUGCUCUGCCUACACGACCCGUCGCGAACAAGCUGGUGGACGUCUUCUGCCAACGAUCCCAAGUAUUCUGGCCCACACUGCACGAGAAACAGUUCCUCGAAGACCUCGAGGCCGUAUUCGCGGGUGACCAGGAUCCCUACAAGAAUCUGAUAGUCCGCAUGGUGUUUGCAAUCAGUCUACAGAAGCUGGAUCCGCAGUACGCCGGACUGGCAGACAGUUACUACCUCGCGGCUAUGGAGCACUUUGAGGCGGUCGUUUGUCCAAAGGACCUCAAGUCGUUGCAGAGUCUGGCCCUGAUCGGCCAGUACUCGUUGCUGACUCCGACGAGGACCGCCGUGUACUACAUGGUCGGUUUGGCAACUCGCAUCUGUCAAGCAGAGGGCCUCACCGACGAGAAGACCAUUGCUCAGGGGGGCCUACUGGACCCCCUGACCCUCGAUAUGCGCCGUCGUCUUGCCUACAUUGUCACUUCAAUGGAGGCAGGCCUGGCACACAGCAUGGGCCGACCCAACGGGUUCUCCAAAGUAGACGACCGUAUGGACGUCGAGCCCUUCGCUACUGUCGACGACGAGUACAUCACUUCCGAAGGUCUUCUUCAGGGGCCCCCAAGCGAGAACAAACUUGUCGCCCUGCACUUUUUCAAAAUGCGCAUGGAGCAAGCCGAGAUUAGGAGAGUUCUGUACGAGAAGAAACGGGAGGAACCCAGAGAUGAGAAUCACCCUUGGUUUGCCAAGAUGGAGCGCGAAAUUCAAGGCUGGAUCGACUCGUCGCCCCAAAACCCGGCUUGGUGCAGGCCAUGGUUCACCGGAAGAUAUCAUCAGAUGCGCAUCUUCCUCUACCGCCCGUCACCACAAGUCCCCAGGCCGUCAGCUCGAGCCGCGUCUAUCUGCUUCGAGGGAGCUUCAUACAUUAUCAACCUUUCAAAGCAGCAGAUGGAGAAGGCAGCUGUCGACAUCACAUGGGUCUUCUUACUGAACCUCUACAUGUCUCUCAACACCCUGCUGUGGACGAUCUCGUAUCCCGAAAUCCGGCAGGCUCACACAAGAGAAGAAGUCGAAGAGCUGAGCGACCAGACGCUCGAUAUUCUCGAGCAAUGUACGGAGCGCUGGCCAGGCACUGCUCAAGCUGUCCAACUCUACUCCAUCUUUGCCAAGGCGUGCUUGCAGAGCUACGAAGCCAGAGACACUCCCGUCUUGCAAUCCUCAAGCACCUUCACGACUCCCCCGUCCAUGUUUGACGGCGAUUCGCCGCAAGGCUCAGAGAACUCGGCAUCUACGGCACCCUCGGCAGCCCCGACGUUUAAGGUCAACCCGCCCCACAAUCCUCCCCAAUUUGGGUUCGUCUUCGACGCAACCCCGGAGUCCAUGAACACAUUCCAGUGGGACAACAGCUUCCCGCCCCCCCAGCCGACUUUCCGCUCAAAUUCUAUCUGGGGCAACCCGACCGCCGACUCCAUGGGCCGCCGAUUCUCGGCGUAUCCUCCUGAUUCACCCAUGCCGGACGAUGCAACUCCGCCGGCGACAACCACGCCUGGUUAUACUUCCUCAUCGCCGCCGAGUACCAUUGGCAACGCGCUGCCGACGCCGCCGGAGUCAUUCGGACCUAUGAGCCAGCCGAUCGGGACGCCAACAAAUUCAAGCUCCACCAUCUCGCCGCCACCCAUGAGCACACCUGGGCCAAUGGGCACGCCGGGACCCAUGAGCACGCCGGGAGGAAUGGGAACUCCCGCUAUGCACUCAUCCCCUCUUAUCCUUCAACAAGGCACGCCGAAUAUGGUGCAGCACAGCACAAACAUGUCCCCACCGCCACCGCCGCACCCGGGACAGCGGGGGCCGGCCUUUGGCAUGCCGCCGACCUCAGCACCCCCGCAACGGCCGCUGCCGUCUUACAAUCCAGUCAACGACUGGUUUAACCCGCCACCACCAUUCAUCAACCCCGACGCCUUUAGCUCCAUGAGCAACAGCUUCUUCGGCGACUCCCUCCAGGUCAACGGGUUCAAUCACCAGAAUCCUGGCCUCGGCCUUGAUCAUCUCGGCGGCGGCCAGCCCUUCAACUGGUCGCAGGAGCGCCAGGGCAGUCUCAGCCAACAGCAGCAGAUGGAGUUGAUGAACGUCCUCGAGAACGAGGGCAUGAGCGAUAUUGAUGCCCUUCUCAACAUGGGCAUGAACGGCACCGCCGGGCCCGCGGCCAACUGGCCCCAAGCAUGA